AUGUCCCAGCACCCCACCACCCCCACCGCCGGCGCCCCUCAGACCCGCCUCAAAGCUCACAGCCAGCUCCUCCUACACUUCCUGCAGCUCGUCUUCGGGCUCACCGUCGUGGGCCUGUACGGCCGGGACGUGCGCGCGGCGCAUAAGAACGGAGAUCCGCAGAAUGCAAAGUGGGUGUAUGCGCUCGUUACUGGGGCUCUGGGGGCGGGGACUGGGCUGGUGUAUCUGGGAUAUGGGGUUGCGAUGAUGAAGUUGGAUAAGCUGGGGCGGGAGAGGAAGAUGGUGGGUUCGUUGGGGAGGCUUGGGUGGGGGUUUGUGUUGGUGGUUCUGUGGUUGGUGGUCUUUGGGGUGUUUGGGGGGUUGUAUAUUGGGGUUUAUGGGGAGGGGACGGAGGAGGAGGUGGAGAAGACGAAGAGGAUGAGGCAUGCUGUUUGGGUGGAUUUGGUGAACUUGGUGUUUUGGGUUGGGGGUAUGGUUAUCGAGGGACUGAGAUGGUGGAGGCUACGGGGUGGACGGGGGCCUGGUGGCGACCUGGAGACUGGGGAGAAGGAGGUUGCUCCUGCUUAA